UUACCAAUAAUACGAACAUGGCAAUCAACAAAAUUCUGUUAUUAAUAGUGUGCUAUGUAUUGCAGUUUGCGUGGUCGUCUCAAGUAUCUAUACCAGAACCACUCAGAGAAUGUUACAGAAACAAUGUUACGUUAAAUUCUCAACUUCCCUUGAAUUUACGUAUAAUAGUGGACAUUAUACAAAAGCUGGAGAAACAUUCGUACACGACAAUGGAUAUGAGAAUGUUGUCGUCGUCGUUGCUUCACAGAUUUAAAUUCGACGGUAUCGAAUAUCAGAAGAAUGUACAGGCUACGGAUAAAGUACUUCCAUUCAGUGGAACCGGACUGCAACGUAUUAAACAUCAGUUGAUAGAGGAACUGGUUCCAAACGGUACAGUGAAUUUACCAGUCCACGUGCUGACGAAAACUGAACGUUGUUUACUUCACCGGGCCAUUUCGAAUACAAUUAUACAAUAUGACGUUCAAAGUGAAAAUAACUCUUGCAGUCAAAUUACUCGAACUGAAAAACAAACGGGUAAAAUUAUGCUUACCGAUACGUGGAAUUGUUCAAGUCAACAUGGGAUAAUUUUAACACCGUUCGGCACUGUUGCUCCUGGACCGAUUAUAGGAGCCGUUGCUGCAACUCUUCAACGUCAAAAUGUUGCUAUAAAUCAAUUAAUCGCUAGUUUGGAAGCACCUUCUUCGGGGAUAAAUACUACAAAUGCACCACACUUAAAGUACAACGAUGAAGAAAUUGACUUUGUUCUCCCAAACAGUCAAAUGAUACAUGAACAAUCCAUGUGGUAUAGGACUUUGAUGGCUUCGUCUACAAAACUUGAUAACAUAUGGUUGACCACAAUUGCAGGUGAAUUAGCAGAAAUGGCAGUGAACCAAGGACCUCUUGUAGGUAAUAACAUGUCUAUCGGUGCAAACGGAUUUUGGGACAGUACAAUACGACCAACUAUUUAUUAUCUUCGAAGUUUCUAUAAAAAUUUUGAUGCAACUCGUGCUGAAUUGAUAGGAGGCAUCGAUGGUUUGAUUAUUGCAAGUAGUUUGCAGACUUGGGUUCAAGAUUUUUAUAGUCUUCGUCUUAGUCAAAUUUUGGACAUGUACUAUUCGAACGAAGGCGUUGCUUUCAACACAAAUGUUAUAGCUUGUAAUCGAGCACGAAAUUUCAUACAUGCUGUAUCGAGGACUAUUUUAAACGAACAGACUUACACAAUAGCUCAAAUGUUAGCAUAUCGCAAAAGCAUAGCAUACAUAUCGCCAGAAGCAUUGGAACGAAUGACUCAGUAUGCAACUGACAAAUUUUAUACAUACGCAGAAAAUCAUCUAUUUCCAGAGGUACCCUGCCAACAACCAAUUAAUCCACCUCGAAUAGAAGCAUUAAUUGCAUUUGAUGGUGCAUGGUCUAUAGAGUACACAACAAACUUUUUAGCCGUUUUAAUGCAAAACCUAGACGUAUCGAUGUAUGGGUCAAAAAUAGGAAUAAUACACGGUACUUCGGGAGAAUGGUUGUUAAAUGUUACUAACAGUCCAUCGCUUGCGUUCGAAGCAUUGAAUAAUUUCACAAAUACCUCGUGGCCUACGCAAUUAAAUUAUACUCAAGUUUUCGAAACAAUAUUUACGCAUUUGAAUAAAACUUGGGAAGAUAAUCAGAGGCACAACAUAAUUGGAAAUCUUGGUCAAGUGGUUGUACUAUUGAUUCCGUUAAGUUACAUAUCCAGCGACGAUAAACAAUCUAUAAUAACAUUAUUGAAACAAAUAAAACACAAUCAUCCAGAUGUUCAUUUUAUAUAUUGCACAUCACGAUACAAUAGUAAUUUCUUUAAAGAAUUUGUCUCGUCGAACGAAGAUCAUUUAAUAAGAAAUUUUAAUAUCGACAGUGUCACUCAGCAUUUGUUAAGAAUACCGCGAACAUUAAGACCUAUAAAAAUUACGGACUCAAAUUCACGCAAUUCCACGCCUAGCUACGAAGAUUAUAUAAGUCCCUCAAAGUCUAUCACGUAUAAAUUGCAUUCGUACUGGAAACAAAACAUGAAAAAAUCACCGAUCACGAUUCAUACCUUCGGUUACGGAACAAUGAAGGUAUGCACGUGGAUGGAAUACAAGACCAACGAAAGCCAAAACUAUCAUUGUAUUGAAUUAGCUGGUUACAAAGAAAUUACUUUAACCAAUCAAUCAAAGUGUAUCAACGAUUCACCUUGUCCUGAUACAUAUUUUCGAAUACAAAAUGUAACUUCUUCAUUCAAAUGCGCAGAAAUAGAUUGCAGAACACCGGAUCAAGUAAGAUUCAUCGUGAGGGCACAAAAUUUAUAUUACCAGAGUUCCGCUGAUAAAAGUGUAAUAUUGGUCUCGUUAAAUAUCUUGUUUUUAUUUAUAUAUUAUGUAUUCUUGAGAACUCCAUUAUAG